AUGGCGGAUGUGCCAGCACCAACCCCAAUCACUGAAUGGCCGGAUUAUGCUGUCGACCCUAACGGUGGAAAUGUUAUGACCACUGACCUCAACGCGCUCUACGACAAGGGCGACCUGUGUUGGAUGCUGGUUAGCACAGUACUAUGUUGGCAAAUCACACCUGCGAUCGGUUUCCUUUACGCAGGAAUGCACCGCCGGAAAGCAGCGCUUACUAUGAUCUUUCAAUCCCUUUUCUGCGCAUGCGCGGUAGGCAUCCAAUUCUGGGUGUACGGUUACUCCCUCUACCAGUCACAUACCACGGGUCCUUUCAUAGGAGAUUUGUCCAAAGCAGGUUUACACAACACUCUUGGCUCACCUUCGCUCGCGAAUGCGGAUAUCCCAGACAUCCUUUAUGCCGCCUUUGGUUUCACGUUUGUCACCUGCACCGCAAUGAUCUUGGCAGGAGCGAUGCUUGAGCGAGGGCGUCUAGGGCCGUCGAUGAUAUUCUUGCUCUGCUGGACCACUUUCGUGUACUACGUGCUCGCAUAUGCGGAAUGGAAUCCUAGUGGUUGGCUUUACAAACUUGGAGUCCUCGAUUUUGCGGGUUCUGGUCCUGUGCAUAUUGCGUCUGGAUUUUCUGCUUUAGCAUGGGCGUUGAUGCUGGGCAAGCGUGUCGAUCCGCACAAGGAGUCGCAUCAUCCCAGGAUUCCGCACUUCAAGCCUCACAGCCCUUUUCUUGUUGGGCUCGGCACGAUAUUGAUCUGGUUCGGAUGGUUUGCGUUCAAUGGUGCCUCUGGUGCUAAUAUCACCAUUCGUUCUGUUUACAUCGUCUGCAAUACCAACCUCGCAGCCUGUGGCGGCGGUAUGGCAUGGGUCUUACUGGAGUAUAUAUUCACCCGCAAGUUCUCGAUUAUCGGCUUUUGCUCAGGCAUCAUCUCCGGCCUUGUCGGUAUCACGCCGGCCUGCGGAUUUGUUCCUGUCCAGACAUCGGCGCUGAUCGGUGCUCUCACUGCUUGCGGAUCCUUCUUCACAGUCCGAUACAAGUACCUCCUCGGCAUUGAUGAGGGUCUAGACAUCUUCGCCAUACAUGGUGUUGGCGGCUACAUCGGCGACAUCAUGACCGGUUUCUUCGCUGCGCCCUACGUACCCGCCAUGGACGGCGUAAGCAAUUUCUACGAGGGUGGCUGGUGGGCUCGGAACUGGAAACAAAUGGGAUACCAGCUGGCUGCUGCGACUACAUGCGCAGCAUGGUCAUUCGUCAUUUCGGCUAUCUUGCUGUUCAUUAUCAACAAAAUUCCUGGUUGUCAUAUUCGCGCGACCGAGGACGACGAGCUGAGGGGACUCGACUACAAAUAUUUUAGUGAUGCGGACGAAGACAUGAUGGUCUUGACCGGAUAUGGGCCUAGGACUCCUGGAUCAACAGCAUCGGGUGCUGCGAGUGGAUCCGAUAGUCAUCAAGACGUACCUGUUGUAACGGAGAAACAAGAUUGA